AUGCAUAUUUUGUUAGGAUCGAAGAGUAACAGAUCUCAGAUUGUCAUCAUUAUUGUUGUGCCAAUUGUUGUUUCUGUGGUACUAAUAGUUAUAUUCUUCUGCAUUUGUUUAAGAGUAAGGAGGACAAAGAAAAAACUUGAAACUGGGAAGUUAAUUCCAGGCAGCGACGAUACAGAUGAAAUUGGAUCUGCAGAAUCCUUGCAAUUUGACUUGGCCACCAUUAGAGUUUCCACAGAUGACUUUUCUGAAGCAAAUAAACUUGGACAUGGCGGAUUUGGAUCUGUUUACAGGGGUAGGCUUCUCAAUGGAAAAGAUAUAGCUGUAAAAAGGCUCUCUACAAAUUCUGGGCAAGGAGAUUUAGAAUUCAAAAAUGAGGUCUUGUUAGUGGCUAAACUUCAACACCGGAAUUUAGUUAGACUCUUAGGUUUCUGCUUAGAAGGAAGUGAAAGGCUUCUUGUCUAUGAAUUUGUCCCUAAUGCAAGUCUCGAUCACAUCAUAUUUGACCCAACAAAGCGUGCACAACUAGAUUGGGAUAGGCGCUACAAAAUCAUAGUAGGCACCGCUCGAGGCCUCCUUUACCUCCAUGAAGACUCUCGCCUUAGAAUUAUUCAUCGUGAUCUCAAAGCUAGUAACAUCUUGAUAGAUGCAGAAAUGAACCCCAAAAUUUCAGAUUUUGGCAUGGCAAAGUUGUUCGUGCUUGAUCAAACGCAAGGCAAUACUAGUCGAAUUGUCGGGACCUAUUCUAGAGAUAGUCAGUGGACAAAAAAUAGUGGCUUCCAGCAUGGAGAAAAUGCGGAGGAUCUUCUAAGCUUCGCCUGGAGAAGUUGGAGGGAAGGGACAGCUUCAAAUCUAAUAGAUCCCACAUUGAAGACUGGUUCAAGAAAUGAAAUAAUGAGAUGCAUCCACAUUGGAUUAUUAUGUGUGCAAGAAAAUGUAGCUGAUAGGCCAACCAUGGCUUCUGUUAUUCUCAUGAUGAAUAGCUACUCCUUCACUCUCCCAGUGCCCUCCCAACCUGCAUUUUAUUUGCAUAGAAGCAUUGGAUUGGACAUGUCAUUACGAUCUGAAUAUAAUUCAGGGGCAACAAGGUCAGAUCGAUCCAAGAGUAACUCUGUCAUAGUAAUGGAAUAUGAGACUUUUACUGAACCACAUCCUCGCUAG